GUGUGAGAGAGAAAGAGAGAAACUGUAACACUGUAACACUGUAACGACUCCCUGUGUAACGGAGUAACGGCGCGCGUGUGUAAACCGGAAACAAUGUGACAUGAUCAGAAACAUUCUGACACGCACGUGCUGGAGCCGACUUCCGCUCGCGCGCCCCGGUCAGUGCGCACGUCUCCGUGUCGAGAUGCCCAACAAGUCUAAACAGUGUGUGGGGAGUGUGUCGGCUCAGAGCGCCGCUGCAGAUCGAGGGGAACCGAACCCUGGACCGGGACAGCAGGAGAACCGAGGGGACGAUGACAUCAUCAAGUCUCCCAGUGACCCAAAGCAGUACAGGUACAUAGAGUUGAAUAACGGCCUUCGUGCUUUGCUGAUCUCAGACUUCAGCAGCUCUGAGGGAAAAUCCGAUGAUGAUGAAGAUGACGACGAUGACGACGACGAUGACGAUGAUGAUGACGACGAUGAUGAUGAGGACGAGGAGGAUGAUGAGGAAGAUGACUCUGGAGAGGGGACAGAUGAUGAGUCAGAGGAGGAAGAUGAGCAGGAUGGUGAGGAUGAGGAGAGGGAGAGGAACAAGAAGAAGAAGAAGGAUUCGGAGAAACAGUCAGCAGCGGCCCUGUGUAUCGGGGUGGGAAGUUUCAGUGACCCCGAGGACCUGCCGGGACUGGCGCACUUCCUGGAACACAUGGUGUUUAUGGGCAGUGAGAAAUACCCGCGUGAGAACGGAUUCGACGCUUUCCUGAAGAAACACGGGGGCAACGAUAACGCCUCCACCGACUGUGAGAGGACGGUGUUCCAGUUUGACGUGCAGAGAAAGAGAUUUCGGGAAGCCCUUGACAGGUGGGCUCAGUUCUUCAUCUGUCCCCUGAUGAUCAGAGACGCAGUAGACAGGGAGGUGGAGGCUGUCGACAGCGAGUUUCAGCUAGCGAAGCCGUCGGACUCGCACCGUAAGGAGAUGCUGUUCGGCAGUCUGGCUAAACCUCACCACCCCAUGGGCAAGUUCUGCUGGGGGAACGCAGAGACUCUGAAGACGGAGCCGAAGAGGAACAAGAUAAACGUGUACAAGCGUCUGAGGAAGUUCUGGAAGCGACACUACUCCGCUCACUACAUGACGCUCGCCGUGCAGUCCAGAGAGACGCUGGACACGCUGGAGCAGUGGGUCCGAGAGAUCUUCAGCAGCGUCCCUAACAGCGGCCUGCCCAGACCCGAGUUCUCUCACCUGCUGGAGCCGUUUAACACUCCGGCCUUCAACAAACUCUACCGAGUGGUACCUGUGAGAAAAGAACACUCCCUCACCAUCACCUGGGCAUUGCCCCCUCAGGAGAAGCACUACAGAGUGAAGCCAUUACACUAUCUCGCCUGGCUCAUCGGUCAUGAGGGAGCCGGCAGCAUCCUGUCUCUGCUCCGGAAAAAGUGCUGGGCGUUGGCUCUGUAUGGUGGUAACAGUGAGACGGGGUUUGAUCAGAACUCCACCUACUCCAUCUUCAGCAUCAACAUCACACUCACUGACCAAGGCUUCCAGAACUUCUACCAGGUGGCUGAUCUGGUGUUCCAGUACGUGAAGAUGCUGCAGCGUCUCGGACCUCAGCGCAGAAUUUAUGAGGAAAUCCAGAAGAUUGAAGCUAACGAGUUCCGCUUCCAAGAGCAGACAGAUCCGAUUGAGUACGUGGAGGACGUGUGUGAGAACAUGCAGCUGUUCGCUAAAGAGGACUUCCUGACAGGAGACCAGCUGCUGUUUGAGUUCAGUCCUGAGGUGAUCGGCUGUGUCCUGAAUCUCCUGACUCCAGAUAAAGUGAACCUCCUGCUGCUGUCUCCGGAGCACGAGAGUCUCUGUCCUCUACAGGAGAAGUGGUUCGGCACUCAGUACAGCGUCGAGGAUAUCCAGCAGCAGUGGAGCGAUCGCUGGGCCUCAGACUUCGAACUAAACUCAGACUUCCAUCUUCCUGCUGAAAACCAGUUCAUUGCGACGGACUUUACACUGAAACCCUCGGAUGCGGAGGACACGGAGUUUCCUGUGAAAGUGGCCGACACUGAGCGAGGGUGUGUGUGGUACAAGAAGGACAACAAGUUCAAAAUCCCUAAAGCCUAUGUCUGGUUCCAUCUCAUCUCCCCGCUGAUCCAGAAGUCCCCUAAGAACCUGGUGCUGUUUGAUGUGAUGGUGAACAUGUUGCUGUACAGCGUGUCAGAGCCGGCGUACGAGGCUGACGUGGCUCAGCUCGAGUACAAACUCACAGCCGAGGAGCACGGACUCGUCAUCAAGGUCAAAGGGUUCAACCAUAAACUACGGCUCCUGUUUAACCUGAUUGUGGAUCAUCUGGCUGAUUUCUCGGCGCCGCCGGACGUCUUCAGCAUGUUCACUGAGCAGCUGAAGAAAUCUUACUUCAACAUCCUGAUAAAGCCUGAGAAACUCGCCAAGGACGUGCGCCUGUUGAUCCUGGAGGCCGAGCGCUGGUCAGUGGUGCAGAAGCACCAGGCGGUGGUGGAGGGGAUCGGCGUGGACGAGCUGAUGGAGUUUGUGCGCAGCUUUAAGGCGGAGCUAUACGCUGAGGGCCUGGUGCAGGGGAACCUCACACGCACGGAGGCCGUGGACUUUCUGAGCUACCUCACACAUAAACUACAGUACAGGAAGUUGUCAUCAGAAGUUCCUGUUCAGUUCAGGGUGGUGGAGCUGCCGCAGACACGCAGUGUGUGUAAAGUGAAAUCCCUCAAUAAAGGAGACGCCAAUUCAGAGGUCACUGUAUAUUACCAGUCAGGAGCAAAGAACCUGCGAGAUCACACACUGAUGGAGCUGCUAGUGAUGCACAUGGAGGAGCCUUGCUUCGACUUUCUCAGGACUAAAGAGACUCUGGGAUAUCACGUCUACCCCACCUGCAGAAACACCUCCGGCAUCCUAGGCUUUUCCGUUACCGUGGAGACGCAGGCCACCAAGUUCAGUACAGAACAUGUGGAGAUGAAGAUGGAGGAGUUCCUCCUGAGCUUUGGCGAGACGCUGGCGGCGCUGACUGAUGAUGCGUUCAGGAGUCAUGUGACGGCGCUGGUGAAGCUGAAGCAGUGUGAGGACACACACCUUGGGGAGGAGGUGGAGCGGCACUGGAACGAGGUCAUCACCCAGCAGUACGUCUUCGACCGACUCCAGCAUGAGAUCGAGGCUCUGAAGCUGAUCAGUAAGGCCGAGCUGAUCGACUGGCUUCUGCAGCACAGGUCUCAGAUCAGCAGGAGACUGAGUGUACACGUGGUGGGAUGCGGCCCGCAGGAGAGCGACUCCCCGGCCGAGGGGGGACCGGAGACGUCUCAGUACGGCCAAGUGUCCAAGCUGACCUUCCUGUCCCCGUCACACACGCUCUCCUCCGACAUCAUCAUCACUGACAUCAGAGCUUUCACACACACACUCACUCUGUAUCCGUACCACAAGGUCCUCCAGUAAACACACACACACACACACACACACACACACACACACACACGGCCGUGAAGACGCUGUUACCGACAAGGCAAAGUCCAACAUUACAACCCAGUUUCACCUCUCCCCCUCUCUCCCUCACACACAUGCAUGGGUGCCAAUAGAUUUGCUUGGUGUUGCUGAGUGGGCGGAGAGACAGAGUAAGCCCCGCCCACUCACCCAGAGAGAAGCUCAGUGAAGACGAGAGCAGCAACUAAUGUAGCAGCCUUUAAUAACCACGGAAAUAAAAGACGUUUUACAAAAAUAACCUUCAUUUGUGGAAUUUU